GAGAGAGCACGGAGAAGAGAGAAAGCCUUGCUUCUCAUAGCUCGCCCGCUAACCAGCCCCUUUUGGGGGUUGUGGCCUAUAGCUACCUCUAAUAUUACUUACUAUUUUCAAUAGAAAUAAAAAAAAAAAAAUUCAGUCGUUUUUUAACAGAGAAAGAGAAUGGAGGGAAAACUCCGAGAAUCGGAGCUCUCCGAGUUGUGCAGGGACGGCACAGAGAGGGGGAAGGGAGUCUUGAGACCGGAAAAGUUCCGAGAAUCGGAGCUCUCCGAGUUGUGCAGGGGCAGCAAAGAGAAAGGGCGUCGAUUUUCCGCAGGAGGAGCAGGAAAGGAGAUGAUGAGGCGCAGCCUGGGCGGUCUCUACAAGCAGAGGUCUUUGUCGAGUGAUUAUUACAGGGAGGAGGCGUGGUUGAGGAGGAAGGAUAACAGCAAAAGGAGGACCAAGAGCGUCACAGACGAGGAUCUCGACGAGUUAAGGGGAUGCAUAGAACUUGGAUUUGGUUUCGGGGCCUCAGAUGAUCACCGCCUCACCGAUACCCUCCCGGCUCUUGAUCUAUACUAUGCUGUCAAUCGCCAGUAUAACGACUCGAUCUCCAAAUCGUCAGCAUCUGAUUCGUCUGGAUCACCGGUUGGGUGCCCUCACAAUAGCUUCUUUGGCCCAGGAGAUAGUCCACAACUCAUGAAGACGAGAUUAAGGCAGUGGGCUCAAGUGGUUGCUUGUUCUGUUAGGCAGUGCUGCUAAAUUUGAUUAUGGGGAUUUGGUAUAUACACACCCGUGGUUUGUUUAGAUCAAUAGAUGGAUGUCUGUGUUUUAUUUCUAUUAUGCAACCGUUAGUUUUGUGCUCUGCGUUUUUUCUUGAAGGCCCUGGGUAAAGGAUUUUUGGAU